AGCUGAGUCCGCCACAUACCGGAAGUGGACCGCUCUCUCCCCCAAACCUGACUCUAUUGUACCUUGGAGGAGAGAGGGGCCCAUUAUGCCGGAAGCGCCUGUUCCUCGCGUGUUUCCGGUUGGCGGGGGAAAGUCACGUUACAUCCAGGAGAAAGGGGCCGGCCUGGGCUUGACCUCUGACCCCGGGGAGCAAGUCGCUGCUUCCCACCCCAACGCCGGGGACUUGGUCACUUGGGGCGCGAUGGAUCCGCUCAGGGCCCAGCAGCUGGCAGCCGAGCUGGAGGUGGAGAUGAUGGCUGACAUGUACAACAGAAUGACCAACGCCUGUCACCGGAAGUGCGUCCCUCCCCACUACAAGGAGGCAGAGCUCUCCAAGGGGGAGUCUGUGUGCCUGGACCGCUGCGUCGCCAAGUAUCUGGACAUCCACGAGCGCAUGGGCAAGAAACUGACAGAGCUUUCUAUGCAGGAUGAGGAGCUGAUGAAGAGGAUGCAGCAGGGGGCAGGGCCAGUGUAGGGGCUUCCUCUUGAACAUGGACACCAUGCAUGAUUGGCCCAGUGGCCCCAGCAUUGCACCCUGGACUCAAGCCUGUGCCCCCCCAUCAAUAAAACCUCUGCAGUUGUGUAUAA